UCCUAUAUAUAUUCUUGUUUGUUUACCUUACCUUGUUUUUGAGGUAAGGUAAGAUUCAGGUUGGAAACUGAAUUGUGUUUUUCUUUUUUUUCUUUUUCUUGUCCCAUAAAAUGUGUCCUCCCUAGUGGAUGGACCCAAGAAUCUUAAUUUGAAAUUCCUAGCCGGAAGUGGUGUGACGGCGCUCCUUGUGUGAGAAGCUGAUCCUCUUUCUGUCUGUCUCCGUCCAGAGCGCUCCAGAGCCUCCAACAGCCCGCCACUAAGAGGUUUACCUGCCUGGAGCUCAGCUGGAUUUUACCAACAAACUACUGAGAUUUUAUUUACACAAGACAAGAAAACGACCUUUCAUCCUGGAGAUCUCCGGCGUUUUGAUGCCACAUUCCUGAAGUUUGUGCGGAGUGACCCGAGGCCGGAGGAGAUCAGAUCCCUCUCUCCUUCUGUCUGAGGAGGAUAAAGACCAGAGAGUGUGUGAUUUAAAGAGUGUUUGCUUGGAUAUGGCUUUUCUGUGUAUGAGGGAAAGACACAAGGAGCUGAUCUGAGGUCAAGGCCUUCCUCCUCCUCCUCCUCUGCUCCCCAGAGUCACAUGACAGCGUGAUCCACGGGGUUGCUAUCGCUACACUGACCGACCUAAAUAUUUGUCUAGUCGCUUGGGGAAGACUGGAUCUCUGCUGGGAGCGGAAAGAGACAAAAAAAAGAGCUUCUAUCAAGAGAGUUUGCUUUUCGAGCUGUUCGUUUACUCACUGUGAGAACUUCGCGGCUGCCAGCGAGAGAACCUAAAGACACGAUAAUCACCUCUCCGUCAGAAUCAAAAUGCCAGCAAAGACGCCGAUGUACCUAAAAACUACGACUCCCAAGAAGGGAAAGAGGCUGCGGCUGCGUGACGUCCUGUCAGGUGACAUGAUCAGCCCGCCGCUGGGCGACGUGCGUCACAGCGCCCACGUGGGGCCGGAAGGCGAGGGCGACAUGUUCGGGGACGUUGGCUUCCUGCAGGGGAAGAUGGACAUGCUGCCGGCUCUGAGUCGGACACAGGACGGACGCUCCCACAGCGUGGAGCGCCGUCUGGACGACCGAGAGGACGCCAACAGCUACGCCUACAAAGGCUACCACUACCAGCACGACGCCACCGGCCUGCUGAAGACCACCAUCUCCAUGCCCGUCUUCAUCGCCCAUGAACAGGCUCCGCCCAAACCGCCACGCCUCCACCUGGACGACCCCUCCCCUCCGUCUCUGCCCCCCUCCCAGCAGAACCACUUCCUGCUCCACCAUCAUCAUCAUCAUCAGCGUGAAGACUCGAGUCACAGACACGCCAAUGGCCACGUGGACGACCAGCGCCAGCUCUUUGAGAACGGCGUGGUGGGCCGGCUGGCGUCUGAGCCCUGCCGCGACAUCUCUAUCUCCCCCGCCCUCCGCAGGCUGGUCCCCUCCUCCGGCUCCUUCUCCGAGGCCUCCUCCGAGGACUCCAUGUCGGAGACCUGCGGGCCUCUGGACGUCCCCCGGGGCCUCAGUCUGGACUCCGACGCCGGUCUGAGCAACGAGGAUCUGAGGAGCGAACGCAGCGAGUCGCCCUGCGGCGCCUUCCACCCGGCCGGCCUCACGCUCUCCUCCGGGGUCACACACUCCGAGUCCAUGGUGGGCCUGGACCUGGACCUGGGCCCCUCCAUCAUGGACGACGUCCUCAGCAUCAUGGACCGCUACAAGACGGAGGACAACCGCUGCGAGCUGUGAAGGAAGAGCAACGUGAUGUACAGAUAUUUUUAUACGUGUUUCAUAAAAAGACUCUAAAGAAGGACACGGGAGAACGGACAAAAAGUCUUUUUCAAGAAGACAGAUGAGGUUAAAGGUCAUUGAAAGACUUUAGGGAGGGAAACACGGACAACAAGGAGAUUGUUGUUAAAGAUUCUUUGAAGUGAGAAUGUAUGAGGUUCUGAUCCACUGUCAGUGUUUGAUCUACCAGAGACAUAAGAAACUAUACAUCAAUAUAUUUAUUCAAUCAUCACUGUCCUGCAGAGCUCAAUAGUGAAAUUAUCAAAUCAUUCUUUUGUUGCUUUUAACCCUCUGAAAUCUUUGGCGAUAUGGUCCUUUAAAAAAUCUGUUAAAAAAUCUUCACCAUGCCAUGUUGGUAUCAGUUUUUUCAGCGUUACCUCAUCUAUAUGUCCUGAUAAUUAAUUUUUAACUUUGACUUACUUGAUAAAAAUGUUCAACCCAAAAGAAACAAAGGAAAACAUAAAAUCUGAUCUUGAAAAUUGUGUUUCAAAACACAGAAUUUUACAUGUUGCAAAUAUGAAUACCAGAUUCCUUGGACAAAAACAUUUCGUCGUUUUAUUUUGCAGAAGACAGGAGUUUCUUUUUUACCGCUGCCUCGAUCGGUUCGUCUGUUUGUGUUAUUGUGUGACUUUUGUGUUUUAAAGGGUU